AUGGACAUGGAGAGCUUGGGUGAACUCUUUGAGCACUGCAUACAGCGAGUAUGCCAUCUAGAGAGGCAAAGAGAUGUGCUGAUACAGGAGCUUCUGGUUCUGCAGGAACCUAUGCUGCAAGUUGUGGGGCACCUGAGAGCAAAGCUGGAGGGAACACGCAGGCUUCUCACUCUGGCUCAGCUGGAUUAUGUUGCGGUUUGUGAGGAUGUGCAACAGGUAAAGAGGAAACUGUUCACCACAGUCAGAGACUGCAUCCAGAGCCAGGUGAAGCUAGCUGAGCAGGAGUACGAGGUGGCUCAGUCUGCUGUUACUCAGGAAGAACUCAAGGCUCAAAUUCAAAGUCUGACCCAGGAGUUGGUGCAGCUGGAGGACGCCCACCAGAACCAGCUCAAUUCCCUCCAUGAUCAGGCCACUAAGCCCUGCAGGCCCAGGGCCAUGAGCGACAUCAGCCAGUGUCGCCAGGCCUCCAUCAGACUGCAGCGAAGGCUCAGCGGCAGUGUGAAGAUGUUGGAAGGCUGGUACGAGCCUCGCCUCAUGGCCCUGCUGAAGAGAAGGCAGGUUGGGGAGGAAGCUUUGAGAAAAACCAGGGAGCAGGCAGUGGACCUGAGAGCCGGGCUGAAGCCUCUGAGAGAGGAGAUACAGAGGCUGGAGGUGAAGAGAUCACAUCUGGAACAGAGGAUCACUCUUUUGGAGACAGAGUGGCAGGAGAGCACUGCACAACAUAAGGAAACUGUGGAGAAACUAAGAAAGACUCUGAGAGAACUAGAAAUGGAGUUUGAGGUUCAGAGAAAAUCGAAGACAGGCUUGGAAGAUCUUAAAGAUGGCCUUUUAGCAGAGCUGACAUUUCUGAGGGGCUGUGAACUCAGUGACAUUACAGAGGAAGAGUCAUAAUUUUCAAUUUCCAGAGGUUCCUCAUCAGAUAUGAGACCAAAUCACAGUGCUGACAUUACAUGUUUGAA